AAUUGUCAAAAUUCAAGAUGGCGGCAAGUUCGUCAGAUGGUUCUGAAGAAUCUCUUGCCUCCCUUUGCAGAGAAGCGGAGCAGCUUAAAGUAAAAAUUGAUGAGGAAAAGCAGAAAUGUAAUGACGUGCAACGUAAGUAACACUGAUGCCAGAUACGAUCGAUUACUUAUUUUAAGCUCGUAUAUUUUCUGUACUUAAAGAGAGCAUCCAACUGGUUUGUUGAUCUUUCUGCUUGCUUUGUGAUCCCUAAAAUCUGCCAACAACACCUUACAAUCUGCACCGAAACGUAGGUUUGUAUCAAGAAAGUACGUCAAUAUUAAUUUAAUUUGCUGUAGUGAAUAAGUGGUGACAACCAUUUCUAUUUAAGCUUUAUGAUCGAAGCUCUCUGUGAUGAUACAUGCAUAACGAAAUAAGUAUUGUGGCAAUUUUCAGUAUCCGUUUAGUUGCCUGACGUGCUUUUCCUUUUAUCCUUAGAAUUCGAAGUAAGAAUUGGUGAAAUGCUUUUAUAAUCUCACUUGUAAUAUCCAGCUGAUUGGCUUUGAAAGCAUGUUUUAAUAUUUUUUGUUGGCAGCUCAUCAUAUGCUUGCCUUUCCUACUUUUUAUUCGGUGAUUGAUACUGAGUGGAACCAAAGAUCGUCUUCAUCUUUAGCCUUAAACGAACAUAAGUCAUGAGAAAGAAGAAAAUACCUGGGAACAGAGUGAAAAUGUUGUUCUAAAAUGGUAUAUUUGUGAUUCCAUUACUUCACGUUUUCUUCAAACAGCUAAAACUUCCUUUUGAAAAGGCAGGCAUUUAAAUGGUAGUAGCUGUAACUUCCUAAGUUAACAGCCAUCAUUUUGGGCACAGCUGGACACACUACUGCAGAAUGUCCAACCAUCGAGAUUCUCCCAAUUUUGCUUAAAAAUCCCGAAUGCCAACUAACAUGUACUCAGGAUAGGAAAAAUCCUGAUUUUGACUUCUGUUCUGAUAUUUUCAAAUGAAUUCUUUAUGAUUCUUAUAGAAGGACACCUAACAGAGCAUACUUAACUGAAAUUGAUACCCAGGAAACUAUACGGCACAAAAUUUAACAUAAAGUGGAGUACUUGCAUGUAAAGCCACGCAAACAAUAAUGAAGAUUAAAAAUUGCAAUCAAUUUAGCAAACAUUUUAGACGAAAACUGACCUCUCUGAACACUAGAAAUAGCAUUUCAGAGCGUCAAGAUUUUUGUAACAUUUUCUAUGGUAGCAUGCCCCCAGACUCCCCUAGCAGCUCACAACCUCAGCCCUCAUGUACAGACUGUCCAAUCAUCCCAAUUUUGUGGGAUUCUCCCAAUUUUGCUUGAAAAUCCCGAAUCCAGACCAAUAUGCAAUCGGGAUAGGAAAAACCCUGUUUUUGACACCUGUUCUGAUUUUUCCAACGGAGUAUACUCAACUGAAACUGAUAUCCAGAAAACUUUUAAAACCGCAUGAAAUAUAAAAUAAAAUUGAGUACUUGUACGUGAAACCAGGCAAAUAAAAAUAAGCAUAAAAUGGCAAUCAAUUUAGUGAACAUCUUUGACAAAAAUUGUCCUCUCAGAACACUAGAAAUGGCAUUUCAGAGGAUCCAAUUUUCCAUAUUUUCUGGGGAGAAUACGCCCAGAUCCCCUAGGGGCUCACCCUUUCAGCACUCACCUUAUUGAAAAAAUAUCUCAAUUUUACAUACUCAAAAGGUUGGACAGUAUGCAGGUGAUUCAUUAGGCACGAUUUCCACCGUGGGAGAGGAGCACGGGGUCAUUUCCCAAACAGCGGCUGGUAAUCGAGCCUAGUGAUUCAUUGGUGUUAAAAAAAAACCCAACUUUACAGACUUUACGGGGGGAGGGAGGUGGUGUGGGAGGCUUGACAGAGUGAUGUUACAUUAUUUGCAUAAUUGACACCUGCUUAAGGCUCCUGACACCUUUGGCAUUUUUUUAGUGUUGAAAAUGAUGGCUGACAGGCAAGGCAAUAAAACUGUCAACUGCAAUACUGAACUUUUUGUUUGAAGAACUCUUAAAAUUUGUUUCGUAAUAAUUAGCACUAGCUGAAUGAAUUUCUUCAAAAGAGUAAUAAUAAAUUUUAAACCGUCCAUUUUGGAACUCUUAAUGGUAAAUUAAUGACUUCUUAUGAUGCCAAAGCUAGUUCCAAAGUGGUUUUGAAUUAAAAAUAUGACAAUGACUUUUACAAUAUACAAUUGGCAUUCCUUAUCUUGGUAAUAUUGCUAGAGCUAUAAUCUUUUGUUUAACCUGUAUAUUGUUUGGUAGCCAUGUACAGGCAAAUCUUUUAUUGUUGCCAAUCAUAUUGAUAAUUUAUUCAGUACACAUUAAAUAUAUUAUUUUGUAUGCAACAACAUUAGCCCAUUAGCAAAUGUGUGUUAUUCCCUAAUGGUUUUUUAUUAAUAGUAUUAGGUUUCAGAAAUUCCACUUCUGAAGGAAUUGAAAGAAAAAAGCACAAUAUUACCGAUAUUCCUUAAUACCCUUUGUGUAAUGCAAAGUUAAAAUAUGUAAAUUUGAUGAAAAAUAUAUAGGGCAGCUCAUUUACAUUUUUGGCAGCCAGAAAUAUUACAGUUUAAUACACAAACUACUGACUUUCACAUAUAAAGGUCUUUGUAGCCAUUUCCUGAUUUACUCUCACACCUUUUUACAGUGAGUCUGAGCAAAGGGAGGCGGCCAAGGCACCUUGCCUCGCGAGGUUUAUAAAUUUGUAUGCCUCGCACAUUGAUCGCUCACAGUCGACGUCAUCCAGUUUUGACAUCGGGGUGCAUUUUAAAAUAGGGAUGCUAAGCAACACUACUUCAAGUGCGAAUGCAAAUGCUGUGGUGCACUAUCAUGUUUUAUUCAAAAGAGCAUUUCACUUUGGCUUUUUAACGUCAAAACCUUUUCUUUUCCCUAAAAUCUGUACCUUUGAAUUUAUGUUAUAUCGAGGCAAACCAACAAUGAAUUGGUUCUUUCCCCACUGAUCGAUGUGACAAAUUGAUCAAAUCAAAGACUGGUUUCAGCUCCGUACAUCCAUCCGCCGUUAAACCCGAGAGUGAAUUAAGACCGAAAUAAUGCAAAAUGGCUUUGAAAUUUACACAAAGAAAGGAAGAGUUUCAAAAACCCGGAGAAUAUUAAGCAAAAACAGGACAUUUCCGGCCAAAACGGGAGGGUUAGAAUCUCUACUCAAAUAUGCCUUUAAGUUGAUUUUCCUCAAAUGUAUCUUUGAAUUCAUGAUAAAUACAGUUCCAACAACUUCAAACAGUGUUCACGGCAGAGAAAAAUGCUUCAAGUGUAAUAAUAAUUAUUUUAGCGUAACAAAGAUGUUAUCUCGAAUCCCGAAUCCCAGGGAAGUCAUACUUUUAAACUUUGCACAUUUUUUUCUUUUUAGUUUUGAUCAUUUUCUUUCCCUUUGGCUUGUUUCCCUUUAUUCUCUCUGCUGAUCCUUUAAAGCCUCGCGAGGAUUUUGUGAUAACGUAUAAAUUUUCUAGUAUACAUUUACUAUUUUUGUCCAAAAUUUAUGAGUUAAGCUCAUAUUUAUGAGUUAAACUGCUGCCAUGCAUCAGCAAAGGUUCUCUCAAAUAAAAUAGUCAUCGGGGCCCGGUUCCUCAAAAGAUGGUUAAGUUUAACCCAGGAUUAAGCCAAAUUUUUAGCAAGGUUUUCUUGUCUAAGAACAUGUAACUCAAAUUUACAAAAUACUAUUGUGCCUUUACUUCGAAGAAAGAAAUGAUAACACAAAAUGUUACUCUAAGCAAUGCAUAGGAAGGUAAAUACAAAAAGAGGAACAAAAUUUUAAUAAUUAAAAUGUUGUUCCUCUUUGUUCCCCCUCUUAUUCUGGAUUAGUGCUAAUCGGCCUUUCAGGAGCCAGGCCCAGGAAGUUAAAAGAAAGUCUGUAAUAGGGUAUAGAAAUCAGCGAGAUUAGCUGGAGGAAUUGAUAUCAUUUCCUAGAAAAGUGAUUGAUAUUAUAAAUAUAUAUAGUGUUUUUUAUAAGAUAUCUGGGAUAGCGUGGGUUUUCAGAUGACUAGACUAAAGAAAGGCUACAAUAACCCUUUAAUUCAAUCAUUUAUUAAUAACCUAAGUAAGGUUGCCCCAUCUUUUUAGCCCUCAGUGGUUAUUAUGGGCAGCCUGUACUCUCUCCAUAUUUUAUCUAUUUUUUUGUAUCAUGUAAAUCAAUGUAGGGUACAAAUAAAGUUGUUGUUGUUGUUGUUGUUGUAAUAAUGUGGCUGAAUCAAUUUGAGCUAAGCUAUUUUCUGAGCGGCAUAUUGUGGUAUCUUGGCAUCACUAAAAUUUUGUUUGAUUUUCUCAGUUAUUUUUACUUGAUUUUGUAUUAUCAAAUCUUUGUUUUAAAGGUCUUGUAUAAGUUGAUGAUAGUAUGAUGCAAGUAUUUUUUUAUUAUUAACAAGCAGUGUCUAUCUUUGAUCUGCAGUAAAAGAGGUGGCUGAUAAGGUAGAAACUCUGGUUUUCACACCUCUCAAAGUGCGAAGAAUUCUCAAAGGUCAUCAAGGAAAGGUGCUUUGCCUAAACUGGGCGCAAGACAGACGACGUAUGGUCAGCAGUUCACAGGUGUAAUACCCAGUUCUUAUUACCCGGGUUCCAUAAAUGACCUAUUAAAUGCCCAGGGGAUCUAAUGAGGUUUUAAGCAGGGAUGUUUAAUACUUAGAUAGUAGGUUUUUAACCCUUUUAACCCUAAGAUCAAAAUUUGAAUUCUCAUUUGUUGCCCCUAUUCAUUUCCUACAGAAGAAGUGGGGAGAACUUGAUAAAAUAUCAAAGAAAUUCAUCUUGAGUGAUCAUGUCCCUAAUUCUCAUGACCACUCUGUUUGACAAAGCAUUGAUAUUACAAGGAGAAAUUUGAUGCUGAUCACUCGAUCUUAGGGCUUAAAGGGUUAAAAGAGAGAGGAGUUUAUUCUCGUAACUGUAACAAGCUCAAUAAAACUACGGUAAUAUACAACAAGAUUUUGCUCAAAGUCAGAAAGGUGGUUCAAACUUCUUGAGGGGAAAAUUGUCUAAUACCUAAAUGAUGUUUUAAUUUGUUUUGAACUUUUAUUUUCCUUUUAUUUCAUCAGGAUGGCAAAGUGAUUGUGUGGGAUGCAUUUACUACAAACAAGGUAAAGAAGACUUAGGUUUUAAUUACUGGUAGCCACAAAAUUUGUAGCUACGUAGGGUGCAAGGAAAAUAGCUACCUUAAUCAGGCAAUCAAGUCUAUCAUGUCUUGUUCAGUUAAAAAGUAAUCCUAUUUUCAUGAAUAAUUGUUAGGGCUAGGAGACAAAGGAAAUUGAGAAUCAACCCCAGGCUAAAAAAGUUUAACCUGGAUGUAAAUUUGACUUAUAACAUACUCGUAAGCUCCUCUUGUGCUCUCCAAACUUCACAUGUGCAUACAUAACUUCAUUUACAAGGCUAUUUAAAAAAAAACAAUCAUUCAUUUUCAACUGAUGUUAAUUCAUAUUUGUGGUAUUAUUAUUGUUUACAUCAAGUUAUUGACUAUGUAUUAUAGGAACAUGCAAUUUCCAUGCCAACAACUUGGGUAAUGGCUUGUGCAUUUUCACCAUCAGGCCACAUGGUUGCUUGUGGGUAAGUUGAUAAUGGAAAAAAUUAAAUCAAGAAUUGAGUUUUUCAGUUUAAAUUCAAUUUUUUAAAUUUAUAUAACAAACUGUAGAUCUCUUGAGCUUUUGUGAUGUUCAUCUAGUUAUUUAAUAAUAAUGAUAGUACUAUUGUUUUAUAAAAAAUGAAGAUGAUAAUAAUGAUUACUGUAGACACAAGUACCAAUUACCUGUACUAGCUUGUGACUACAGCUGCCUGUUAUUGCUCCUUGCUAUUGGAAUGUUUUGCAAGAGAGAAUGUGCAAUAUUUUGGCCCCAAAAAUUCAUACAGUAAAAACCUGCAACUAAGAACCUUCAUUUUUAGGAGUUAGCCUAAACAGGUUCUUAUAUAAAUGGUAGUUAACAGAAUUUUAGGCUAUUUAGGUUCUUAAAAUGGGUUCUUAGUCGUGGAGAAAAACAAUUAAAACACAACUUCAAACAAGUUGGUCAUUAGCCUAUACUUUUAUUUUCUUCAGCCCCACACCACCCCCCACCCCCCCAAAAAACAUUUAAGAAUAUAUCAAUUUAUACAUUUACAUGUAUUUAUAUGCUUUGCCGAGCUUUGGCAAUCUGCUUUUUUUGCUUCAAAUAUGAUUCUUGCAAUGCAGCUGUAAUGUACUAGUAUGAUUUUAGAAAAUAAGAACCUGUUUUAAAUUUCUUAGGCUAAAUAGGUUCUUGUUUAUAGGGGGUAUAAAUGACCAAUUUUAGGCUAACAGGUUCUUAAUUUUUAGGUUCUUAGUUGUGGGCUUUUACUGUACUAGUGAUGCAUGCCAAUUGUGUACAGAAUCUGGUCAGGAGCUCUGAUUGGUUGAUGUAGUAUUUGGAUUCUUUUAGCUAUUGCACAUGAAUAACACACUUAAGACAGAAGACCACUGAGAUUAAAGUGCAAUGAGCUGAAUUUACCAAGACAUAUUUUAUUCCGUAGGAAUAAUGAACAUUAGGUUUUUUGUUAUUACUCUUUUUGAAUUUUGCUUGCACCAAGUUCACAGCAGGAUUCAAAAUUUUACACUAAUGGAAAAACAAAAACUUGAACAAAUUUACAUCUUGAACCCCAUGACUACCAAAGUAAAUAUUUACAUUUUCUCAUGAGAACAUUGAUAUAGAUCAUCAGAUUGAAGAGUUAUCUCUCACAAAAUGUCCCCAGUUGUAGGAAGUGGUUAGAGAUGACUAUAUUCCCUGGCUAUGAAAUCAAAUUCAUAAUGAUUCAUUAUUAGCAAUCUUACAAAUCAAUAAUGACAUUAUAGUCUAAUAAAUUAUUAUUGAAAGACAGUAAACAAAUUAUUUUUCCUGAAAUUUUUUCUUAACCCAGGGGACUUGACAACAAGUGCUCCUUGUUUAAACUGAGUUUUGAUGAUGAGGGUGCUACUAAGAAGCAAACUGUUGCCAUGCAUACUAGCUACAUGUCGUGCUGCACAUUUACAAACUCUGAUCAACAGGUGGGAACAUUAAUUAAAUACUAUGUACAUUAGUGGUGUGCCGAUCAUUGAUGAGCAACAUGAUAAUGAAUUAUGGAAAAUGUCCAAUCAAUCACAGAGGAAAACAAAAGUAAAAAUUUAUUGUUGGCAAAAAAAGGUAUUAUAAAAACUUGUGUUUUGUCUUUUUAAUAGUCUCAUAAUUUAAAAGAAGACAGAAUAUUCGAUCACUCAAAAGAACAGAAAAAAUUCUGUGCUUCAGGCAAGAAUUGAACUCACAACCUGCCCACUCUAACUGCUGAGCUGAGCUUUUGUAACUAUUUUGGGCAAGCAGGGUCAAAUCCACUCAUGUCCCUUCUGUGAUACAUUUGGUGACAUGUUUUUGCCAUGUCGUGUGUGAAGAGGUUUUUACCAAUUUAUUAUAAUCCAUAAUGGAUUGGGUGGGUCAAUCCGGUCUUUUCCAAUGAUCGAUUGUGAAAUCUCAGCUGAUUCCCAACGCUAGCUCUAGUUUAUUUCCUUUUACCAUUUUUCUUUUCAACAAUCUCUUAGUGUAAAUCACUAAUGAUGUGGUUCAGAUCAUUUAAAAGCUUUGGCAGUUAAUUGUUAAUGAUUAUCUGAUCGUUGCAGAUCUUAACUGGUAGUGGUGACACCACAUGUGCUCUGUGGGAUGUUGAAUCAGGACAGUUGCUGCAAAGUUUUCAUGGUCAUGCUUCUGAUGUGAUGAGGUAUAAUAUGAAAAAUUACUAUCACAACUCAGGACUUUUCAACAUUAAAGAGCUGACACUGCAGAAAAUGUUAGAGACUAUGCACAUAAUUUCCCAAUAGGCCAAAAAGCUCUUGACGAAAUAGACCAGUCCUCUGAAUAAAUAAGGCACCAUGCAACUGAAGGUUUUAGAUGAAAAAAAUAAAAGAAACUAAUUUAUCGGACUGGAUGACAAAAUAGACGGGUUUAGCUGAAAUUGUUCAUCCAAGGCUGUAUCCUGUUCUAGGUGUUGAGAUAGAAGGCAGUGGUGUGAAGUGAAACAGGGUGCAAAAAAAUGACAAUAAAGGACAAGGAGAGAGGAGUCAGUCUCCUCAAAUUUUCUGUGUUUUUUUUGCGCCACUCCGUAUCAUUUGACAGGGCUCGAAAUUAAAAAAAUCUUCAGGUCGCCUUUUGGCGACAAACUGGAGAAAUGUAGUCGCCAGGUACAAAUUUUUAGUCCCCAGUUUGUAUGAUGUUAAUGAACCAGCUCACAGUAUCAGCUUGGCUUCUGAUAUUUAGCGCGGUCGCUGAGCCGCGAAUUUCAGGUAAACCUGCAAAAUCCCGUGAAAUUUACAAUAAUGUGCGAAAUACCGCGAAAUUCGCGAGAAAUCUUAUCAAAUACUUGUCGACACAACAUAUUUGAAACUUAUUUCGGCUAUUGGGGCUGUUUAAUUGCCGAAACCUUGCAAAUUUACCUUGAAACUUCAUCACCACAAUGCGCGAAAAAUGUCUCAAAAUUACCAGGCGUAAACUAUGUUGUGAAACACUGAGCACUAGUCAUGAUGUUAAAAGCUUUGCCAUUGGCUCAUUUCUCGAGCGCUUUGUUGCUAGAAUAUGUUAGAUUAUCUCUGUUAAAAACAUUACACACGGUCGUCAAAUCAGUGCAAAAUCAAUCGAUUUCUAGCGAAAUUUGCCCAGAAAAUUCCCACGAAAUCGGCUGUUUUUCAGCGAAGUUAGCUGUGAAAAUUUCUGCCAAAUCUGUCUCUGAAAAUCCCGUGAAAUUUUACUUCCGCGACCUAGAUCGCACUAUACUACAGGGCUUCUGAUAUCAGAUUUGAUCGUUUAAAAAUAUCGCGGACAGAAGUCGGUAUAAAUUUGGAGAUAAAUUGGCUUUGUUUAUGCGAUUUAGCACAUUUUGUAUGACGAAAGCAAAGCAAGAAAAGAUGAAAUUUUUGUUUUAACAGACUUUACUCUUUUAAUUUAAAUCUAUAUCAUAGAGAAAUCUGGUCGCCAAAGUGGCGACUAAGCCAGAAGUUUAAGUCGCCAAGGAGAAAAUGCUAGUCGCAUUGGCGACCGUAUCAGUCGCAAUUUCGAGCCCUGUUUGAACACCUAGAACAAGCAAACUGAAACUUUAACCUUUUUUAAAGUACGUGCUUGCUGGAAUGUAAUGCAGGAAAGUUAUGAUAGUAACUAAUUAACAAACUGUGUUCUUAUACAGCCAAUCACAAUGCAGAUUGUGUCAUAAUGUCACUGUAACCCUUGGUCACUCAGGCAACUAAAGUAAAUGUUCCUCAAGAACUAAUUCACUAGGCCUUAGCCUCCUAUUGGCACUUGAGACACAGCUAGGAGUGGUAUAGCCUGAGAAAACAGCUAACAUUUCACAAUGCCACUGAUGACAUGUCACUAUACACAUAUCUGGGUAGUGCUUGUGAUUGAUUGUUAAUUUGUAAAUUCAUCCAAUCAGAAGCACUAACCAGAUCUGGGUAGUGAUGCGUUAUCACUAUAGAAUUUCUGCACUCAUUCCUCAAAUGUCAUUUUCUGGGAAAACCAGUUGUGGCAGCAAGAAAUGUUGACUGUUUUCUUAGGCUAGGAGUUGUAAAGUUGCUAAAUGAGGACUGCAAAUAUUUUUUUUAUAAAUGUUGCUGAUGUUCAAUAAUGACCCAUUCUUCUUCCACUUGUUUUGAUUCACAGUAUUGAUCUUACUCCAUCUGAAGGCAGGAAUAUAUUCAUUUCUGGUGUAAGUACUUAGACAGCAUUAACUUAAUGUCAUUUUAGAUCUUUUAUAAAAACCAAAACCGUGAACACUAGAAAUAUUUUGGGAUACUUGUUGUGUGGUAAGAAAAAUGCCAUUCAGGCGUGGGAAAACUGUAAGCUGGUUUGCAUGUCCUUAUCUUGGCUGUGAUUGGUCAUAACAGUAAGAACAUUCCUGCAAUAUUUUAAGUGUUUACGGUUUGACUGUAAUGACGCAUGAAGAAAAAAAAAGUAAAUGCUUGGAUGUUAAAUGCCAUUUACCAUUUAAUUAUGUAAACUUUAACUUUGAAUUUUUCCAGUAGGUGUAUUAUUUUUUUCAUCAUACCCCAAAAUUUUAGGGAUUUCUAAAAAUACUACCUUUUAAAUAAGCUCAGUUUGCCAUGUCGUUAUAUUUAUUUUGUAAAUUAUUACCUUCUACAGGGAUGUGAUAACACAGCCCUUGUAUGGGAUAUCAGGACUGGCCAUGCUGUUAAUUCUUUCCAGACACAUGAGGCUGAUAUUAAUGGAGUAAGGUAGGGAUGAAAAACCAAAGGAAUGGGGCAGUGUCAAACUUGAUCUGUCAUUCUUGUCCAAAACCUACAUAGAAAAUUUUGCUCGCUGUGCGCCCCAAGACAUGCUAUACCAAAGAAGCGGCAGUUUCACACCACAGAAUGGCUGCCUACCUUACAAAUAAGGUUCUUGAAGUGGUUGUGGUUGCAUAAUAUUAUCUCUUCUGGCGCAUGCACAAUGAGAGGAAGGGGAUAAGAUCAUUCUUAAUCUCAACCCAGAGCUCUUCUGUGCAUGUAGAGGAGAGGGUCGAGAAUGGAUCGUUCCCUGCACACUUAGUACUUUUUUUAAUUACAUUUUCCUUUGCAACACCUUGACAAGUAAGAGCAAGGGUUGCUCAGUGGUAAGAGCAUUAGCCUCCAACCAGUAUGGCUAGGGUUCAAAUCCCUGUGUCAAUGCCAUAUAUGUGGGUUGGUUUGUUGUUGGUUCUUCCCUUUGCUCCAAGAGAUUUUUUCUAUGCACUCCAGUUUCUCUCUCUCCUCAAGAACCAACAUUUCCAAAUCUCAUUUUGUCGCAGUGAGAGCCUCGGGUAAAGAGCCUCAGUGCAAUAAACACCACAUGGCAUAAUGCCCCAAAUUCAGGACAUAUAAAGUAAUAGUUCAUCUAAGGAUUGUUAUGUUUCUAAUUACAUGUAGGUUUUAUCCCAGUGGAGAAGCAUUUGGUACUGCUUCUGAUGAUGCCACUGUAAGUAUUCCUAACUCGACCCCCUCCCCCCCCCCAAAAAAAAAACAACAUAAGGUUAAAUAUCAUGGUACUAAUAUGGAACUGUUAGUGGCAGUGGCUGAUGUUUUGACGACCUGUGCACAGUGAAAGUCAAAGUGACCCGUGGGUAUUGAUUUAUUGUUCUAUUAAGUCGUGAUGUCAUUUCUGGAAAAGUACUCAUUUUUGAUUACUGUUGUAAUAAAUAAUAUUGUUUGUCUGCUAUGAUGUUGCUUUGCUGCUGUGUUUGUAGCCUGAAAAGGAAAGUGGCAUCUUCUAUGGAACAACAUCUUUAUUCCCAGGCUGAUGAUGUUGUUGCAGUUUUUCGUUGUUCAAAGUUUCUUACCAAGUGUUUUACUUGUCAUUUUUAGUGUCGUCUAUAUGAUCUAAGAGCAGACCAUGAACUUGCUGUUUACUCUAAAGAACACAUUAUAUUUGGAGCAGCGUCCUUAGACUUUUCUAUUAGCGGUAGGUGGCCCAUAAGACCCAGUGUUCUCCUUAUCAGGCGGUAACCGGUAUUAUACUACUACAUGAGAAAUUUCUGCAAUUUGAUUGGCUGAGAGCAAUGGUAUUUCAGCUUAAUUUGAAAUACCUACAUGUGAAAAUUACAAACCUUUUGAGGGUAGUAGUAUAAACAAAUAAUAGCAAGAUUUGUAUGUGAUAUUUGGCAUAAAUACCACUCGUGAUAUUUCAAAAUUGUCUCAAAUUUCACUCGCCUUACGGCUCGUGAAAUUUCGUAUAACAAUUUUGAAAUAUCAUUCGUGGUAUUUAUGCCAAAUAUCACUACAAAUCAUGCUAUUACCUAUACAAAUUUACUGUCUGAAGCAACACUUCUUACCAUCGGCAACGGCUUGAAGGUUUACUAAAUUGAGUAAGAUGUCUUAAAGAAUACAUAAGUUGUGAUCCGAUCCGAUCAAGGUAAUGAAUGAAUACAUGGAAGUGUACUAAAGUAUACACAGGUUUUUUUUUAUGGGCCACGCAUUUUGGAAAGGGAGUCUUUGAAGACAGAGUACAAUUAUUAAAUUCAAACGUUUUGAAUUGAGAUAACAACGGCUGAUUUGCGUAAAAUAGGACUUCAAAUGAGGGGGAACGACGUUUCAGAGAACUUAGCUCCUUAAUUUCACAGCGAGGUCGAAGCCACGUCCUUCACUCUACUACCCCCUCCCCAGGAAAGUGUGCAAAUAUUUUUUUGCCUUACCGGCGAUGAAUGGUUCCUUACCUGCUGAGCUAAAAUUUAGGGAGAACGCUGAAGACCUAUUUUUAAAAUUAAAAAAAGAAUGAUAAGAAAGACUUAUUUAUAACCUUUUUGUUUUCUUAGGGAGAUUACUCUUUGGUGGUUACCAUGACUACACUAUGAAUGUAUGGGAUACGCUCAAGGUAUGUGAAAAUCUUGAUAUUAUCAUUGCAGUUCUAAAAUAGUGAUCUGUCGUGAAAAAAUAAUCUAUUUCACGAGGAUAAAAUUUGUAGCCUGCGAAAACGUCCGUUUCUCCUCGCCCUUCGCCGCUGGGGACGUUUCGCGCGGAGGAACUUCGUUCCUUCGCGUGAAACGUCCCCAGCGGCGAAGAACGAGGAGAAAGGGAUGUUUUCGCAGGCUAUAAAAUUUGCUGAUGACCACUAAUGAUUAAACUUACAGUCUGAGCAGCUGUCAGUGUAUUAUGCCCAUGAUAACCGAAUCAGUUGUCUGGAGGUGUCGCCAGAUGGGACAGCUGUGGCUACUGGAAGCUGGGACAAUACACUAAGAGUAAGUAAGACA